GAAGUUUCUCAGAGACUCAUAGUGGAGAAGACAGAAAGAAACAAAAGCCUAGAAAAAUCAGAAAAAUAAGGAUUUGAAUCUCUGACUUGAUUUGCAUCAUCAUCUACCAUUCUCCUAUGGCUGGACCAUCAUGGUUGGUGGACAAAAGUAGAAUCGCAACCAAAAUAAAGAGUGCAUCAGGAGCAUGUGAUCCUGAAAAAGUUAUAUGGAAAAGCAAUCCCUCCAAGGCUUGCCCAAAUUGUCAAUAUGCUAUGGAUAACAGUGAUGUGACACAAGAGUGGCCUGGCUUACCAAAAGGUGUCAAAUUUGAUCCAUCUGACCAGGAGAUAAUUUGGCACUUGCUUGCAAAAGUUGGUGUAGGAAAUUCAAAACCUCAUCCUUUCAUUGACGAGUUUAUCACUACUCUUGAAGUGGAUGAUGGAAUUUGUUAUACUCAUCCUCAAAAUUUACCUGGUGUCAAGCGAGAUGGAAGUGCUUCUCACUUCUUCCACAGAGCAAUCAAGGCUUAUAAUACUGGCACUCGAAAGCGCCGGAAAAUACAAGGUCAGGAUGUGGGUGAUGUCCGCUGGCACAAGACUGGCAAGACUAAACCAGUCAUCUUGAAUGGGGUUCAAAAAGGCUGCAAAAAGAUUAUGGUUCUGUAUAUGAGCCCUGUAACAGGAGGAAAAACUGAGAAAACUAAUUGGGUUAUGCAUCAAUAUCACCUCGGAACAGAUGAAGAUGAAAAGGAUGGUGAGUAUGUUAUCUCUAAAGUGUUUUAUCAGCAACAGCAAGUCAAAUUGGGUGAUAAAGAUGACCAGGAUGUUGCUGAAGCCAUUGAAACGACUGAAGCAACAAUUGUGAAAGUGGAUCCAGUCACUCCCAAAUUAGUGACCCCUCAGCCUCCUUAUAAUGAAAGGCGAUGUUCAGCUCUAGACUUAGGACAGGAAACACAUACCAUUCCUCAGAAGCUGCCUCAGAUGGAGUGUUUAGAUGAAAUUCGAGCCGAUUGCGAAGAACUUGCAAAAACUGAUGCAUCCGUGGUAGAAACUCAACAUGAUGAAGGGAUGGAUAAUAAAGAAAAUAAUGGUGACGAAGGACAAAAAUGGUGGGAUAGUGAGUCUCAGAAUCUGUUGGAUUCACAACAACUGGUCGAAGCAUUGUCCUUGUGUGAUGAUCUACUUCAAAGCCAGUCUCCCAAUAGGGAUGGGAAAGAUGGAGAACAUAUGAACCAACCCAGUCUUUCUGUUUAUGCUCAGCUAGGACCAGAGCAUCUGAAGAAAGACAUUGAAGAGUGCCAAAAUCUUGUCCUUGAUCCUGCAAAUGUAGAUCAUGAUACACCUUCAGAGUUUCGACUAAGUCAGCUGGAAUUUGGUUCGCAGGAUAGCUUUGUUUCCUGGGGUUUCAACAAGGCAGUAAACUAACAUGGUUCUUCAGCUCAGCUGGGAAAACAGAUUUUUUGGAAUUUCAUUUUGUUGAUAAGUUAGUUACCUUGUUAUUGUUAUUUGGUUUUAACUGAAACUGUUUCUCAUUUGCUUGACUUAUUGGGCUGUAAUGGAAGGAGUGAAUAGUGUGAUACUUUGAUCAACUCCUGCUGUAAUUAUACUUUCUUUUGUCUUGUUGAAUUGUGGUAUCUUCCAGGUUCUCUCA